UCAAAGACGAAUUUAACAUGUGGUGGAAAGCAUUAAUUGUUCUCUGCACUUUGACGAUAGUGAUAGAGAGUCAAAUAUCUGACGAAGAUGAUAUUUCCGCACAACCAGAACAAGUUAAAAAACCGACCAAAAUCUCUUCUUGGACAGGUAUGCUCCCGCAAAUUACGACGAUCCCUCCACCUAUGAAAAAUGCGUAUACCACUUUCGAGGUUAAAUUUGUGGUUGGAGAACACCAGAUUGGUGAAAUUUUGGCGUUUGAACAAAAGUCCGAAGUUUUGUGGUUUGGGCGUAUAUAUGGUCCUGAAAUUACACUACGAUAUCCUUCAUCAGGGGAAGGUCGAAAGAUCACAGCUGUGGAAGUUAUUGCAACACAAACCACACCCAUGGCAUUACUUGAUAUUACCCAUGGAGGUCCUGGAUUUAGGAAUGUGGAGGUUUUUUUACGAGCCCACAAUACUUUUUUCUGGACGUACCACUUUAAAGUCUAUGGGAAAAUAUUUAAAUAGAUUCUACAAUGACUGCAGAUUCAGCUUAAUUAAUUCGUUCUAAUUUGGAUGAACUAACACAAAAUUUUUUUCUUUACUUAUAUAAUUUUAUUAAAGUGUUCAAAUUUCUUUUAAAGCGAUUUAUAACCAACCAAUAUAAGGUGUUAUAACCAGAUAAUGUUUCAGUUUAAAGACGAACCAAACAUGUUGUGGAAGGCAUUAAUUCUUCUGUGUUGUUUGGUGAUAGUGAUAGAGAGUCAAAUAUCUGAUGAAGAUGAUAUCCCGGCACAACCAAAAAAAGUUAAAAAACCGAAAAAAACCUCUACCAGGGUGACUGUUCCGAAUGCGGAAAAGUUACCAAAGGCUAUUGAAAAUGCGGAUCCAACUUACAAGCUUAAAUAUGCGAUUGGCGACCACCAGUUUGGUGAAAUAUUGGCGUUUGAACGAUAUUCCGGAGUUGUGUGGUUUGGAACUAACAAAAGUGAUGCUGAAAUUAUCGAAAGAUAUCCUUCAUCAGGGGAGGGUCUUAAGGUCACAGCUGUGGAUAUUACUGCAAUACAAACCACAACUGCUGGAUCACUUGAACUUACGCGUGGAGGUCCUGGGUUUAGGAAUGUGACGGUUACUUUACGUGCCACGAAUACUCUCUUCUGGACGUACAACAUUAAAGUCUAUGGAAAAUUAUUUUAAUAGAGUCUACUAUGACUCAAAAUGCAACUUAAUUUAUAAUUUUUAUUAUAAUGUGCAAUGAUAAUACCACAUCAUUUAAAAAAUACAUCGUGUUCUGGUUUU